AUGACAUGUGACAAACUGAAACAAAAAGCAAAAUCAUUAGGUAAUCGCUUACAACGCUACAACGAAAGAGUCAAAAGAUACAAAAACAAUCAACUAUAUUAUAAAAACCCAAAAGAAUUCUUCAGAUCGCUCGAAAACAGUAUAGUAGCGGAAGAAGAUCCACCAUCUCCUGAAAACAUGCAUAGGACCUGGAAGGAAAUCUGGGAAUCUGAGGAAGAGCAUGAUGAAACCGCUUUUUGGAUCCGAGAUGCUGAACGAGAAGCGGAAAAAUACACCAUGGAGGAAGUGAGAAUCACAGAGGAGGACGUGAAAGCAAUUCUGAAGAAGUCGAACAACUGGUCUGCCCCAGGACCCGACGGAGUACACAACUACUGGUGGAAGUACUUCGACUGUACCCACAAAAUCCUAGCGGAAACAUUCCAGAGAGCGCUCUUAAACCCAUCCAACUUACCAGAGUUCCUCACUUCUGGCAUAACUCACAUGCUACCGAAAGGAAAGGACAGCGGUGAUCCGAAAAACUUCCGGCCAAUAACAUGCCUGUCAACCUUAUAUAAAAUACUUACCGGUGUAAUAACACUCAACAUCUCGAGGCACAUAGGAAAGAAUAAUAUAUUGGCCAGGGAGCAGAAUGGAUGCCGCAAGGACACAAGAGGUUGUAAAGAGCUACUCAUCAUGGACUCACUAAUCACGAAACAGGCAAAAAAGAAGCAGAGGAAUAUAUCCGUAGCAUGGGUUGACUACAAAAAAGCUUUCGACUCAAUACUGCACUCCUGGCUACUGAAGACCCUGCAGCUGUACGGAGUAUCGAAGGCCGUAAUCAACCUACUCAAAUGUCUCAUGAGUUCAUGGCGCACAAGACUACAUGUGAACAUCAGAGACCACACUUAUACAACACCAGAACUCUACUUUGAUGACCUCAAACUAUACGCCGGUAGUGAAGACCAACUCAAGAGGCAGCUCAAGGUAGUGGCAUCUUUCACAGAGACAAUCAGGAUGCAGAUGGGACUUGACAAGUGUGCUGUGGUGAACGUGAAAAGGGGGAGAAUCACAGAAGGGGAAGGAAUGUUGGUAAAAGAUGACAUAGAACUCCAAAGGCUCGGCCCAGAAGGAAGAUAUAAAUAUCUUGGCAUAAAACAAGGUCUGGAAAUAAAUUCUGCAGAAACCAAAACCACAUUCAGAACAACAUUCAUAAGCAGAAUAAACAAAAUAUUACAAAGCAAACUGAAUGCCAAAGCAAUGGUUACAUCAAUGAACACCUGGGCGAUGCCUUACCUUUCAUAUUCAUUCGGAGUAGUCAAAUGGUUCACCUCAGACCUGAAAGCCAUUGACAUACAGUCAACAGACUUUAUAUACCUAGGAAGAAUGGAGGAAGAGGCUUGCAGAGCGUCGAAGCAGUGCACCACAGAGCUGUCAUGA